CAAUGUUUUUUUUUCAGAUCUAUUAAUGAGAUGUUGACUAAAUUCGAGACUAAGUCUCCCCGGGUCAAGGGUUUAUCCUUUCAUCCAACUCGUCCCUGGGUUCUUGCAUCUCUUCACAAUGGAGUUAUUCAGCUAUGGGAUUACCGAAUGUGUACUUUGCUGGAGAAAUUUGACGAACACGACGGUCCAGUCCGCGGCGUCGACUUCCAUAAGCAACAGCCACUGUUCGUCUCCGGUGGAGACGAUUACAAGAUAAAGGUUUGGAAUUACAAGCAGCGGCGUUGUAUCUUUACACUUCUGGGUCAUCUUGAUUAUAUUCGUACAACAGUUUUUCAUCAUGAAUACCCUUGGAUACUCUCAGCUUCAGACGACCAGACUGUACGAAUCUGGAACUGGCAAUCUAGAAACUGUAUUUCUGUGUUGACCGGACAUAAUCACUACGUGAUGUGUGCACAGUUUCAUGCUUCAGAGGAUCUGAUUGUCUCUGCUAGUCUUGAUCAGACUGUUAGGGUUUGGGAUAUAUCCGGGUUGAGGAAGAAGUCUGUAGCUCCGGGUCCUGGUGGACUAGAAGAUCAUUUGAAGAACCCAGGAGCAACCGAUCUAUUUGGUCAGGCUGAUGCUGUGGUGAAGCAUGUCCUUGAAGGUCAUGACCGAGGAGUGAACUGGGCAUCCUUCCAUCCAACCAUGCCUCUGAUUGUCUCCGGCGCUGAUGACCGGCAGAUUAAACUCUGGAGGAUGAAUGACAACAAGAGCUCCAGUUUGGGCCCUGGACACUCAGCAAACAUUAAAAAUGCUUGGGAGGUAGAUACAUGCCGUGGACAUUAUAAUAAUGUCAGCUGCUCCAUCUUUCAUCCACGACAGGAGCUAAUCUUGUCUAACAGUGAGGAUAGAUCAAUCAGGGUAUGGGAUAUGAGUAAAAGGAACUGUCUUCAUACUUUCCGACGCGAACACGACCGAUUCUGGGUGAUUGCUGCGCAUCCAACCCUAAACCUGUUCGCUGCCGGUCAUGAUGCUGGUAUGGUUGUGUUUAAGCUUGAACGUGAACGACCUGCUCACGCUAUCUCUGGGAAUAUUUUGUACUACGUCAAGGAGAAGUAUCUAAGGAAGCUUGAUUUUACAACUGCCCGUGAUACAGCUGUGAUGCAGCUACGCGGAGGUUCUAGGAGUCCUAUUUACUCCAUGUCCUACAAUGCAGCAGAGAACUCGGUUCUAUUGAGUACUCGAGCUACUAACACGGAGAACAGUACCUACGAUCUCUACACCAUCUCUGAGGACGGAGACAGCUCCCAUGCCGCUGAGGGGAAGAGGUCGAGUGGAUUGACCUCCAUCUGGGUUGCCAGGAAUAGAUUUGCCGUCCUCGACAAAUCCCACUCCCUAGUGAUAAAGAACCUGAAAAACGAGGUUACCAAGAAGCUUACUAUACCCAACUGUGACGAGAUAUUCUACGCUGGGACGGGAAUGCUCCUGUUGAGAGAUACCGACGCCGUUACUCUGUUUGAUGUUCAGCAGAAGAGGAACCUGGGAAAUGUGAAGAUCCCCAAGUGUCGGUAUGUUGUCUGGUCUGCAGAUAUGUCCCUGGUUGCGCUUCUCUCGAAGCACCUUGUCACAAUCUGCACCAGGAAACUUGAAGUUCUCUGCUCUGUUCAUGAGAACACUAGAGUUAAAUCUGGAACCUGGGACGACAGCGGAGUGUUGAUCUACACCACCUCCAACCAUAUCAAGUAUGCGAUCACCAACGGAGAUCAUGGAAUUAUCCGGACCUUAGAUCUACCUGUUUAUCUCACUAGGAUUAAGGGAAGCCAGGUCUUCUGUCUAGACCGGGAGUGCAAGCCUAGGAUCUUGAAUAUCGAUCCUACUGAAUAUAAGUUUAAACUGGCGCUCAUAAACCGUAAAUACGAGGAGGUUCUGCAUAUGGUGAGGAAUGCCAAGCUUGUUGGACAAAGUAUUAUUGCCUAUCUUCAGCAGAAAGGGUAUCCAGAGGUUGCCUUGCACUUUGUCAAGGACGAAAAGACCAGGUUCGGCCUUGCUCUUGAGUGUAGCAACAUUGAGGCUGCUCUUGAGGCUGCCAAAAGCUUGGACGACAAGGAUUGUUGGGAGAAGCUUGGUGAAGCAGCUCUUCUCCAGGGUAACCAUCAAGUAGUAGAGAUGUGCUACCAGAGAACUAAAAACUUUGACAAGCUCUCUUUCCUCUACUUGAUCACAGGGAACCUGGAGAAGUUAAAGAAGAUGAUGAAGAUUGCUGAGAUCAGAAAGGAUACAUCAGGACACUUCCAGAACGCACUUUAUCUCGGAGAUGUCCAGGAGAGGGUUAAGGUACUGAAUGGCUGUGGACAGAACAGUCUAGGAUACCUCACUGCCAUGACUCACGGACUUACGGAGGAAGCAGAGAAAAUAAAGGAAGGAGUUGAUGUUGAGAAAACUCCUCUACCCUCCCCUGCACCCGGAGCUAGGUUACUUCAACCUCCUGCUCCUAUUGCACAGUCUGAGCAAAACUGGCCUCUAUUGACAGUUAGUCGAGGAUUCUUUGACACCGCUAUGAUGACGGCUAAGAAGUCUGAAGGUAUUGCUGUAGGUCUGGCAGUUGAGGAUGACGGAGAGGCUGAGGGAGAAUGGGGAGAAGAGGCUGAUCUUGGUCUUGAUGAUGAUGGUGAGGUGAAAGAUGAUUUCCAGGAUGCUGAGGCUGGUGAUGAAGAAGGAGAUGGUUGGGCUCCUGAUGAGGAUGAUCUAGAGCUUCCUGCUGAUCUUGAACCUGUUCCAGUUGCAGCUGGGGACGGAGAGGACGGAUAUUUUGUGGCUCCAACCCGCGGAGUUCCUCCCACUCAGCACUGGACCAACAACAGUUCUCUUCCUAUUGAUCAUAUUCUUGCCGGGAACUUUGAGAGCGCUUUCCGUCUGCUCCACGACCAGGUUGGAGUUGUCAACUUCGAGGCUUACAAGACUCACUUUAUGACCAGUUACUCCAGGUCCAGAGUAAGUGUUUUUGGUUCAGCCUCCACUCCCAGCAUGUAUAUCUGUCCUCAAUCCAACUGGAAGGAGGCGAACCCUAAGAACGGACUCCCUGCUGUUGGGUUGAAACUUAAUGAUUUGGUUUCUCGUCUUCAGUCUGCCUACCAGCUCACCACUAGUGGUAAGUUCGGAGAAGCUGCGGAGAAAUUUAGAUCGAUCCUUCUCUCCAUCCCUCUCCUCGUAGUUGAAUCUAAACAGGACGAGACUGAAGCUCUGCAGCUCCGAGAUAUCUGUAGCAGUUAUCUAGUUGGAUUAACUAUGGAGAGUGCAAGAAAGGAGCAUCCUAAGGAUACCCUGGAAAACCAGAAACGUGUUUGUGAGAUGGCUGCAUAUUUUACUCACUGCAACCUUCAACCUGUCCAUCAAAUCCUAACCCUGCGGACUGCUCUGAAUCUGUUCUUUAAACUGAAGAACUUCAAGACUGCUGGAUCCUUUGCCCGUCGUCUGCUGGAGCUCGGACCCAAACCCGAGGUUGCUCAACAGACAAGAAAGAUCCUGCAGGCCUGCGACAAGAACCCGGUCGACGAGCACCAGCUUAACUACGACGAGCACAAUCCCUUUGAUGUUUGCGCGGCCAGCUUUGUUCCGAUCUACCGUGGAGCUGAGUGCGAGGUUGCUCCGCUCUCCCAGGCGAAAUAUCUUCCUCAAUACAAAGGAGAGGUCUGCAGGAUAGAUUGUGUCAGUCAGAUCGGGAAAGGAACUGCUGGACUUAAGAUCAGACGCAAAGUCCGCUGAAACUGAUGUUUGAAAUGUUUUAAAAUCCACCUCGUGAUAAAUAUUUUAUGUAAAAUUACAACAGAAUGUAAAAUAAUGCUUGAUAAGUUUGAAUUUUAUUUAUUUUUAUGUUUCAGA